GGCAUGAGACUUGCAGCAGCAGCAGCAGCAGCAGCAGUAACAGCAGCAGCUCCGUUGCCUGUGACAUCAUUCGUGAAGCUCAAACCCCACUCUACGCUGCCUUCAUUAGUCAGUGUGUUGGUCUGCCUGCUUUUUCAGAUCUACGACUGUCACACGCGGGACCUGGUUCUUUGCAGAGGGAGGACUUCAGAAAUCGGAGAGCUGGUGAGAAAGAGAGAGGAAUCGAGAGAGGAAGAGUGCUGAGCAGUUCCAGAGGACGAAACAGCCACGCUUUGUAAUAUGAAAUUCAUCUUGCCUCAGUAUUUGCUCUUCCUUUUUCCUGUUCUGGUUCUCAGCACCAGACAGGGCUAUGAAGAGCUGGAAAGACAACUUAAAGAAGUCUUUAAGGAAAGAAGCAAUAUACUUCGCCAGCUGUCAAAGACAUCCAAGGAGCUUGAGGGAAUUAAAAUAAACCUUCAGUCUUUGAAAAAUGAUGAGGAAUCAGCAAAAAGUGAUGUACAGAAACUCUUGGAAUUAGGCCAGAAACAAAGGGAAGAAAUGAAAUCACUCCAGGAUACCUUUCAAAAACAGCUUAAUGAGGCAACUGAGAAGGCAGAAAAACAGCAGGCCACA